CAUCACGCUCCGUUAGACGGAGAGAGAGAGAGGGAGAGGUAUUUAUAGCCUAAAGCGAGGCUGCAGCACAGAGAUAAGGCUUGGGACCAAGCCGCAGGCAGGCAGACAUACAGGGCUUAGGGAAAAGAGGACACGUCAAAAUGAAGCCGUUCCUUUCGGUCGUUUUAUUCGGGGCCGCGGUGGUCGCCCUGGUCAGCGCGGCCGGUACCGAUGGUGAAAUCUCCUUCGAGUACCACCGUUAUGAGGAGCUGCGGAAGGCGCUGGUGUCGGUGUGGCUGCAGUGCCCGACCAUCACCCGCAUCUACACCAUCGGGGAGAGCUUCGAGGGCCGCGAGCUGCUGGUGCUGGAGAUGUCCGACAACCCCGGGACGCACGAGCCUGGUGAGCCUGAGUUUAAGUACAUCGCCAACAUGCACGGCAACGAGGCUGUGGGCAGAGAGCUGCUCAUCUACCUGGCUCAGUACCUGUGCAACCAGUACCAGCAAGGCAACGAGACCAUCAUCGACCUCGUGCACAACACCCGCAUCCACCUCAUGCCCUCCAUGAACCCAGAUGGCUUCGAGAAGGCCGCUUCUCAGCCCGGGGAGAUCAAGGACUGGUUUGUGGGCCGCAGUAACGCACAGGGGGUGGAUCUGAACCGGAACUUCCCCGAUCUGGACCGCAUCAUCUACAUCAACGAGCGGGAGGGCGGAGCCAACAACCACCUGCUGCAGAACAUGAAGAAGGCUGUGGAUGAAAACACCAAGCUGGCUCCAGAGACCAAGGCUGUGAUCCACUGGAUCAUGGACAUCCCCUUUGUCCUCUCAGCCAACCUGCAUGGAGGUGACGUGGUGGCCAACUACCCAUACGACGAGACCCGCACUGGCUCCACCCAUGAGUACAGCGCCAGUCCAGAUGAUGUGAUGUUCAAGUCCCUGGCAAAGGCCUACUCCAUUUACAACCCGGUCAUGUCCGACUCUCACCGACCCCCCUGCCGUAAGAACGAUGACGACUCCAGCUUCAAAGAUGGCAUCACUAAUGGGGGGGCCUGGUACAGCGUGCCAGGAGGAAUGCAGGAUUUCAACUACCUCAGCAGCAACUGCUUUGAGAUCACGCUGGAGCUCAGCUGUGACAAGUUCCCCAAUGAGGACACACUCAAGACCUACUGGGAGCAGAACCGCAACUCACUGGUCAACUACAUCGAGCAGGUUCAUCGUGGCGUCAAAGGGUUCGUGCGUGACCUGCAGGGCAACCCCAUUUCCAAUGCCACUAUCUCUGUGGAGGGCAUUGACCAUGACAUAACCACAGCCAAAGAUGGAGACUACUGGCGCCUACUGGCUCCAGGAAACUACAAAGUGGCAGCCUCCGCUCCAGGAUACCUGACCGUCAUCAAGAAGGUGGCUGUUCCCUACAGCCCUGCAACCAGGGUGGACUUUGAGCUGGAGUCUAUGAUGGAGAGGAAGGAGGAAGAGCGGGAGGAGCUGAUGGACUGGUGGAAGAUGAUGUCAGAGACAUUGAACUUCUAAAGUGAUUGUCUGGCUGAUGAUUGAACCGUCCGCACAUCGAUGUAAUAUACUCGACAUUUUGUGUGCCCGUCCACUCUAAAAAAAGAAUAUAUUGUCUCAUCUUUGUUUCGUUCUCUUUCAAUCAUUAUUUGAUUAUAUUGUUUAUUAUGUAACAGUUUGCCUCAUUCUCCUGUAGAUUAAAUACCCUGCAGACACACAAACACAUACUGAUGGACACAGGAGGAAUUUGCAGGUAGUUUUGUGCGGCGAGAUCGAUGUUGAUUUCUGUGGUAUUGUGUUCUUUAUCGUACACGUGAUUGGUAACCAUGGCACCCAUCUAUAUAACCAAUGAGUGACUGAUUAUGUAUGUAAAAGAGCUGUUUACAUCAUGACCACAUGGCUCUGUCCAUAAUAAUUCGUCUUUUUCCCUGUUUUAAAUGUCUCUGUUUCUCCAGGCUUUAGUACAAAUACACUAACAGAAACACGCAACUCAAGUGCACACGAAACACACAGCUGUAACGUACACACACACACACACACACACGCACACUGCUUCUCUCUCUGUUUCUUUCCUGUAAUAUAAAAAAAUCCAACACUAUGGUUCUGAGGUUAUCAGGGACAUUAAAAACACUGUAAAAUCACUGUAAACAAGAUAUUGUACACAAUCUAUACAGGCAAGCUCAUUUCCCUGUAUGUUAUUGAUGUUGAGAUUUCUUUUUUUAACUGAGUGCAGCACAGCUUUGAUUUUAGCACAAGAUGAAUGGUUAUAAUAUAUACUGUAUUUAUGAACUAGGUAUAGCAAGAAAUAUGUGUUUUUUUGUAACUAAAAGAAAUCAAAGAACACAAGGCCAUGACACCUAUAAAUCUGCCCCCCUCAGUCUACCCAAAGCCAUUCCUUUGUAUGUGCACUACACUGGGAAUUCUAUGGUACGUAAGGGACUGUAGUACAUGUAGAAACUGUUUUUCAAGAAUAAAUUAACACUAAUCUUCUGAGUGGGGCUGUAUGGAUGUAGUUGAGACUACAGGAAGAAUUUAUUGAAUGUAUAGCUAUAGAAACGGUUACACGUGUAAAGAAUUAACUGAUCAAUAAAUCUCCCCUCGUU